AUGUGGAUGUCAGAUGAUGGCCAUCAGCCCUUGGGCAUUGUACCAAGCUCUGCGCCGCGCAACGAAACGAGGCUUCCACGCCUACCAGGUGAGGUGGACAUCAACAUGGAUCUUCCGGACGUGCACUUCUCCGAGGCGCAAAGGCGAGGUGGCCGCGUGCGCAAGUCGACGCCCGGUGGCACAGAUCUGGCAGCCAUGUCGAGAAAACGCCGCGAUGCGGCUUUAGCUGGCCGCGAGAACGUCCUCGAUGUGGGGAUCACACUUCCUGCGCCGCGAGCUUUGCCUGGCACUCUGCUGAAAAGCUCCACGAAAACUGUACGGGCCAGAGCAUCGCCCGUGGAGGCGCCGAGCUUUGCCGUGCCGGAGAUGUUGGGGGCAGGCGCUGGGCAUCGUGCAUCUCUGGAGCCCGAAAGCAAGACGGAGCUGCAGAAACUGCAGGAGGAGCUGAGGCUGCAGAGUUCGGACCUGAACCGCUGCCGGUCUGCUCUGAAGAAGAAGAGCGAAGAGUAUGAAGGCUGUAUGGCUUUGCUCAACGUCACUCAGGCCGAGCUUCGCCUCUGCCAAGAGCGGAUCCGAACGCAAUCGCCCACGCCGCCGGUAAAUCCACCGCGCCGCCUGCAGGGCAUCAAUGUCUUCGGCAGCGAGCGGGAACUCGCGGAGGAAGCGGCCGCCUUCGCCGUGUCCUCGCUGUUGAGCCGGGUACAGCUGCGAAUGAAGGCUGCCGAGGUAUGCUCAAGUAAUCUGAUAAUGGUUUCUACCGUGCAGUUGCAGAUGUUGGCGAUUUGGUUGGCGGCUGCAGUCUGCACGGGCCUUGCCGAGGAAUGUGCAGGAGAAUCCGCAUGCAGCAGGGGCAGCGAUGCAGAUGACAUCGAGCAGACAGACCUGUGGCUUCUGCAAGUGCACCAGAACGUGUCGCAAGUGGAUGAGAUUGUGUCGAACCGGAGCGUCCUUGCCUCCAAUGUCACCGAAAAUCAAUCUCAUGUAGCCUUGGCCCAGAGUGUGUCCGGGCGUUCCCUCGAAUCAGCGGCCGUUGCAAGCAGCAGCCUUACCGGCCUCAACGCAGAGAGCGUUUUUGUAGACCUUACCGUCACCAUCUUGAUCAUCCUGCUCCUCGGAGUCCUCUACAAGAUGUCCAUGGCCCAAGAGACCUUUGAGCAGCCCGAGAUGCCGGGCUCCAAAGCCAAGAGCAUGACCAGAUCCGGGGAGAUCGUUCCUGUCCCCAUCUUGUGCCCACACUUCCAGCGCGAACAGACAACAGACCAUCAAUUUCGUUUGGAAGUGGCCCAAGUCGUGGACGAUCAGAGAGCUACCUUCCCCAUCCAGAGUGAGAAAAACAUCACUUUGCUGACGGUGACUUUGUCGGAGGGCCGCAUGAUGAAGAUCAAGUCUGUCCAUGCAGACGGACCAGGUGUGCUUCUUCGAGGUGCCUCGACGGCGACCGAUGUCCUCAUGACCGUCUAUUCCGAGAACGGUAGCUAUUUUGGCAAGGUUGCACGCGGAGUCCAGGGUGGGGUGGUCUUCUACCACAUGCAGAAGCCAUGCGCAGAAUUCAAGACCGAAGAAGGGCCCCUCAACUUCUCUAUCGUUUCGCUCCAGGACCCCAAGCAGAAGAUUGCAAGCAUCCGCCGAAGUGACCCACACAUGCACGUCCAUGUGAAAGCAGGCAACGACGCAGUGCUCCUCCUUGGCUGCAUUCUCGGCAUCGUCUGCCUGGAGCCCACCCUGGAGCAAGAGGAGCUGGAGAAGCAGAGGGAACGAAGAAAGCAGGCCAAAAAAGGCAGGCAAUCCCCUGCGCCGCCCAGUGGAUCUCCCGCGACUGGCGCAGACCUUCCGAGAGCCUCGGAAAAUGCUGGCAACGCUGUACGCACCAGCCCAGCCGCAGAGCCGAGCAGGCAGCCGCUGCCUGGCCACAGCUCCGCAGAAGCCGCCGGCGCACCGGGCGGCCCACCGGGGCCACCGCACACAGGCAGCCUGGGACCGGCAGAGCGCCCGGGAACUUCCCCGCCACCGCACACCGGAAGCCCAGAGACGGUUCCGAUGGAAAUACCGACCGAUGCAUCGGAGACGCCGGAAGCGUCCGCAGCCAGUCCUGCGGCGCAUACGAAGCCACGGGCAGCCCAAGCUCAGCCCAGGAGUUCUCCGUCGACAGCCGAUCUUCCAAGCAUCUCGGAAACCGCCGAUGCCGCUGUGCGCAGCAGCCCUGCAACGGAGCCGAGCACGGGGGCGGUUCCGAUGGCGGAGGCGGAGACCGAUCCAUCCCAGAAAUCGAAACCUCCUGCACCCGGCCCGGCCGCGCAUACCAAGCCACGAGCAGCGCAAGCUCGGCCGCGGGUCGCCGCCGGCUCGCCCGCGAAGACCGCGGGCACGUCGGGAGGUAUCGCAGUGGCCGAGGGGCAGGACGCUGACGAACUCCUCCAACAGUGCCUGGAAGAGCAGGAUCAGGAUCUUGACGACGAUGCCCUGCGGGCCAACAGAGACGAGACUGAGGCCUACACUCCGGCCCAGUCUCCGCCACCCGACACCGGCGGCACACCGACCCCGGGGCCUUACGAACGCGAGGAAGUCGAGGAAUUGCCAGAGUGGCCGAACUGCAGCAUCAUCAGAGAGCAAGAGGUGAGCUGUGCUGCGACGCAGACGUCCCCGAGUGUGAGCCCGACGCCAGAUGCUUCGGGCAAAGCUGCGGUCACGUCGCAGGAAGAGAUCCGAACCCUCAAACUGGUGGUGGCGAAUUCCAAGAAGGAGAUACUUUACUACAACAAGGUGCUCCUGGAGAAGACGGCCGAGCACCAGCAAGAGCUACAGGAGCUCAAGGAUACCUUGGUGCAAGAACGGAAGCGCUGUGAGGAGGACAUGAAGCACUGGAAGAAGCAUGUCAAGAAGGAGCUGGCAAAAGAUCCGAUUAUGACCGUGGCCCUUUGGAUGUGGGAUCGCGAGCUCACCGCCAUGAGGACACGACAGGCCUUCGACCAGUGGAAGCGGAAAGCCAACCAGAUCAUCAAAGCGCGAGGCAUCUCAGGCAAGAUUGCGACUCUGGUAUCCUUGCAUCAAUGUCUUCGCGACUGGAGAGUCGGCAUUCUCGAACUGAGGGCUGAGAAGAUGCGCACGCAACUGCAGCAGCGCUGGUUCCACUCUUUGGAUCAGGCCACGAUCGCCUGGGGCCGCGAGUUGGAGCACGGAUUGAAGACCUCGGCUUUGGCGGCCUGGGCUUGGCAGACCCGGUAUACGAUGUGGGAGGGGCGAGCACAGAUGAAGGUGCGACAGACCCUGCAGAGAUGGUUUUACUCUUCGACGCAAGCUGCGCUGCACUUUGCAUUUCGGUCCUGGACGGAAGCACUUACGGAGGUGCGCAUGCAAGCCUUCCGCCUGCAGAUGCAAGGCAAGCAGGCGUCUUACCACAAGGCCAUAAUGGCCUUUGCGCCGUCCUUGGACGGCCUGAAAAUCAGAACUAUCUUCCAAGCCUGGAGCUGGGUGGCCUCCGCAGACAAGGUGCGCGGCCUGACGCGCAGACUCCAGCGCGACACGAAGGUCGAGAAGGCGCUCAUGUUCAUGGCUUCCGAGCACGAGGCUGUCACACAGCUUUGCAUCUUCCGCCGCUGGGUAAGCCAAGUCGAAAGCUUGAAGGCCAAGAUCCUGACCGCCAAGCUCAAGGCCUCUGGCACCUCUGGGGAGGUCAUUUCUGCUAUGACGCACUUCGCUAACGAUCAGCCGGUGCUGAUGCUGCAAUGGGUGCUCUUGGGCUGGCACAGAUACAUUUUCCUACAGAACCUCCGAAGGGAUGAGGAUCCAUCGAAACGCCAAGCGAUCGCCUACUGCAUCUCUGCCUUUACUUUUGCCUCGCGUGGCCUGGCUUUCGGGAUGUGGAAGAAGAUCGUCCAAAAGAGGAGAUUUCAGAGAGGCUGGGUUCGGUUUUUCCGUCCGACGGAGGAUAUGCUUCCCCUCUUCCGUGCUUGGCGUCUUCAAGUUGCUCGAGCAGAGGCUUGCCAGAGGACGCAGAUCAGAGUGGAGAAGCGGGAAUAUCAGAACACCUUCCUCGUGACCAUGCUGUGCUUCAUUCUCUGGCGAUUGAAGCUCCGGCCCUCUGCUGCCGUGGUGAGCUACGUCCCCAAGCUGGCAAGGUGCAAGGAAGUGGCGCUUCGAAAGCUGGGAGAGCUUCAGGUCCAGUGCUCUUGCCUCGUUGUCCUCCGAGCUUGGCAAACUGCGCUUCAAGAGCAGCGGACAGUCACAGUGGCCGAUGAAAAGUCUAAAGCUGUCCAGGCAGAGGUCGAGAAGCUUGAGGCCAAGAACAAGGCACUGCAGGCACAUCGGCUUGGGACUGGGACCGGGUUCGGGGAGGAGGGAGGCCACCCGGAUGCGAGUUUCGGGCUGAUUGACGAGAUGGCGGCGGCAUCCUGGCUGAGGGCUUCUUCUGAUGCCAAGAAGUAUUUGCUCCAGCUACCCCUUUUCAUAGCAACAUCGUGCUCUCGUGCCUCCAGUUCAAACGCAGAGCAGAAGCACGCCAAGGAGUGCGAAGAGAUGCAGCAGGAGUUGAACAAGGUGAAAGAUGAAUGUCCAGCAGAAGGGGAAGCUCCCAGCGCGUUGGUGGAAGCCGCCGUGUCGGUGGUGACUUCUGACCAGGCGCUCUUCUCCUCUGAGCUGCGUGGGAAGGUCCUGGCGUUGCUAGCGCAGCUGGUGCUCUUGAUUGGCCAUGCCCGCAACACUUCGGCAGACACGUCCGGGCCCCAAGAUUCCCCGGGUGGAGAUGGGGCACUCCGGCCCUGGAUCGGCCUUCACGUGCAGCCUCCGCUUCCCAGCUUCUGGGCCGUGGCCGGAAGCGUCGUACCGGAGGUGCUGGAGGUGGCAGGUGCUGCUACAUGCCUGAAUGCUGAACAUGACAUGUGUACCUCAAGGUUAAAGCAAAUGCCGAGAGCAUGCGAGGGCUCCAUGGUGGCUGUUACACACCUGGGAUUCUUUAUGGGCUCUUGCAUCAUCUCCGCAAGAAGGCGAAUUUUUCCCGCUGCCACCGAGGCCAUCGAGCAUCGACUCCGAGCGUUGGGCCUCUCAGGGGUCGCUGAGCCGUACGGGAGCUGUGAUUCUAUUCCGGAUGUGGCGGCCUAUGCGUUUGCCGUGAACGCUGAGGAGAAGGCUGCCGGCAAGACCUUCUGGUCCAAGGCCCGGGAAUUGGCCAGUUCGAUCGUACGAAAAGGUGCCUUCGAAUGGGUCAAUGCCGCUCGAGUGGCUUUUUCCAGCAGUCUCAUUCAGAAGGCCGCCAGGAAGGCCUGCCCCUUCGGGGUGAUGGCCCUGAAGCUUAUCCGGUGCAUUGGCCAUGAUGCGGAGCAGAAGCAGGAAGAGGUGGUGACGCUGGACACAGAUGCCGAGGAACUCAUGCAGUGGACGUCGGAACCAGAUGUAGCAAUGCUUCUUCACAAUGCUUGGCCUUUGUGGGGCCUUCUGGCUCUACUGGCAGGACAGAGGAAACAUAGCUUCAUCAUCACUGCCCGAGAUGCACCCAAAGCAGAGCUUUUCGAUCAGGCACCCCUAUUGGAUGCAAUGUGGGAGAAGCAGGAGUCUGGAAACUAUCCCCUAGGCGCUGUUUGGAUCACGACGGUUCCUCGCCGGACCGAUACCAUGGAGUUGUCCACUUGGCUUAGUCGAUUAAGGACUGCACUGAAGGUGCGCAAUCCACCCUACACAGAGCAUCAAGUUCUGCUUGUGAUGGAGCAGGGUUCCGAAAUCCCGAAGACCAGCUGCAAGAAAAUGGCAUGGUUCGGUUUUUACAGCGGGCCGCUCCUCCACUGUGUGUGGUCCACUUGGGGGGCGUCCUCGGGAUUGGAUGCCCUGGCUUUGGCCUACUUCAUACUGCGACGGGGCACUCCAGUCGCAUUCUUGAAUUUGGCGACCAUCUCCUUCCCGGGUUUGGGCGACAAGGCGAGCCACCUCCUCACGGCGCAAUCCAUGGGUCGACACCUCAUGUUUAUCACAGACACGCAAGUGCUCACUGCUGCUGGAGCUGCUCAGUCGGAGCGGAAGGAGCUGCAGGCACCCUUCAUCGAUGUGGGCCUCCGGCUCUUCAGACCGUCUCACCCCACGCUGGCGCUGAUCCAGGACUGCUUCCAUAUCGCCUACGAGAACCCUUUCAUGGCAGCCGAAGAUGUGGUGAAUCGCUUCGAGGUCUCCUCGAAGUUGGACCUUUUGCUGACAGCAGGCCACGGUUUCGUGUCCUCCGAGGGAUGGCAGGCUGAGGAUGUGAAAACCCAGGCAGAACCGACGAAAAAUCGCACGGCUCCUGUGGAUGCACACUUGGCUGGUGGUAUCCUCCUUUUCAGCAUGAGGCCUUUCAAUGUGCUGCCACGAUGGUUCACCGGCGAGGCUUGCUUACAGGUCUGUAAGUCCGGAUUACUAAAGUGUGCGCCAGGCGCCGGCGGCACGGCCUGUGAGCUCUUGAGUGGAAGUAUGGAAGAGGCUCUCUUACUGACCCUCAAAAACAGCUUUGCCCUCUCAACGCCCGGAGCUCGAAGUGCGCGGCCGCGAGUACUCCAGGCAGGGCCCAGCAGCUGUGGCACUACUUCGAUUGCGCACUUCUACUCGGAUGGGCAUGGGCUCCGCGUGGCGAAGAACUACAUCGAAGGUCGGGAGAUCCGGGAUCAUGUUCGUUUGGACAUGAGUCUGGGCCGAGCUCCGUUUGCAAAAUUGGAUCGCUUCGAUGUGGUGGCAGAUGCAUUCGAUGUGGUCCGUGUAGGCGUCCACUUCUGCUCGGACGUAGUCGGGCGCGGAGGAGAGACGUGUGAGAAAAUACACUAUGAUGCGCUGCAGGAAAGCAUCGAUGAGUACAAAGGUAUUCUCCGUGCCUUGCAGGAGGCGUACCCGAAUCUUUGGUUUAUCCACAACACCUGCAAGAAGGAUCGCUGGCUGCCAAAGAGGGUGCAUAAUUGCUGGCCGCAUGUGGUGGCGACGCCGGGGGAUGACUGGGCACAGUGGCUUUCGCAGUGGAAGAUGUGUUGCGACGAAUCUUUCGGAAUAGGUGGCAACCAGUCGUGCUGGGUACCCGAAGAGCAGGCUUUAAUCAAGAUCCCCAAGAGGCUGAAUUUUAAGGAUUUUGUUUAUGCUGCAUGCUGCGAUGGGCUGACUUUCUACAAGACCGCUUGGGAUAUGGUCCACGCGACCCUGGCAGAAAUUAUUGUCGAUGAGCGGCGCGUGCCCUUUAACAUCCUCCGCCACUUGCCUGCCGAGUACUUCGGACAAGAUCCCCGGGAGCUCAGCGAAGUCCUUGGCUUGCAGGAUGACUUCAAGGCCAGCGCAUGGCGUCAGAUCCACAAGACGGAAAAGCGGAGAAGGGCUUCGUCUCUGAUUGGUUUGCCUCCCUUACUUUGUUAUUCCUGA